CAAAGUCCAACCUUGAACUGUAGUGAAAUUGAUUAGUUCCAAAUCCGGAAAGGCAUUGCGAACAACCCAUAAAAAUAAGAACAAAAAAAGGAAGCUCUUCAGCACAUCUCUGCAAAAACCUCAUUCACUCCUAUAGAUUUGAUUUUACCAUAAAGUGCCAACUGAAACAAAAACACAAGCAGAUGAAAGGUGGAACUUAUCUCUCACCUUUGGUAUUUUGGGAAGCGUCAAUGGAACUAAGUGAGGAAGACUGGCAUACUCUGAGGCAUGAGAUAGGGCCAUCCUGCAAUCUGACUAAGUAGCUUACCACUGCGUUAUUUUAUAUUGUUCUUCAAACGGUGCGACCACCACUGUGGACUACAAUUGUGCUCAACUCUGUCGUGAGUUCGACGCUCCGAGUGAGUGUCACUCACGAGUCAUAUAACCCGUCACUCCCCGAGACAAAAUAGCUGAAAUUAAGGAUCUCAGAUAAAUAAAACGCCAAAGAUCGAACCAGCGGGAGGGAAGAGAAGGAAGCGAUAAUGGUGAAUUGGUGAUUCAUAAACCCAUCUUCCCUCACAGAACUCGGGCCCGUGACUUCGAUUGGGGCAAAGCAGUGGUUGAUCAAACGCUUCGAAGAUCAUCACAGUUCAUUACAUGACCAACGCCACUGCCAGCAUCACCACCAAAUACCUUCUGUCUCCUUCGACACACCACUCAUACAACAGCGAAGCCGUCAUUGAGUUCUGCCUCCAAGCCAGCCGCACUCUCGACCAUCUAAAGCAAACUCAUGCUCGCCUGCUGCGGACCCAAAUCAAUCCACAUCCUCGCCUUAUCAUUCAUCUCACCAGCCGCCUUCUCCAGCUUCCCGGCAAUAGUCUCCGCUAUGCCCGCUGCUUGUUUGAUCGAAUCCCUCACUGUGAAAACCAAUUCAUUUGGACCUCCAUCAUCCGCUCCCAUACCCUUCAUGCGCAGUUCAGCCAAUCCAUCGCCCUCUACGCACAGAUGCACCGGAUGGGCAUCUCACCCAAUGGGUUCACCUUCUCGUCAGUGCUUAAUGCAUGCGCUCGCAUUCCAGCAAUCUUACAAGGCAGACAGAUACACACCCAGAUCGUCCAAUCCGGUUAUUUCUCUAAUACUGUUGUGCAGACUGCACUUCUCGAUGUUUAUGCAAAAUGCGGUGCUGCCAAUGAUGCAAGGCGCGUUUUCGAUCAAAUGACUGAUAGAGAUGUCGUUUCUUGGACGGCCAUGGUUUCAGGAUACUCGAAAGUUGGUAUGAUGGAAGAUGCACGUCAGCUAUUCGACGUUAUGGUGGAACGGAAUGUGGUUUCCUGGACCGCCAUGGUUGCAGGGUAUGCAAAUGCGGGGGAUAUCGGAGCUGCAAAAGCACUGUUUGAUAAAAUGCCUGAGAAAAACUCUAUUACACGGACCGCUAUGAUUGCUGGUUAUGGCAAGUGUGGUGAUGUGGUUGGAGCCCGCCAAGUGUUUGAUAAAAUGGCGAUGCGCGAUUCGGCAUGUUGGGCAGCAAUGAUUGCAUGCUACGCACGGAACGGUUGUUCUAGCGAAGCAAUUGAACUAUAUAAGAGGAUGAGGAUGGUAAAUGUCAAGGCCAACGAGGUCGCAAUGGUUGGAGUCAUCUCUGCUUGCACGCAACUUGGUGAUGUGGACAUGGCGAGCUCCAUAGCUGAUGACAUGAACGAAGGGAGCUGCGAGCGGACAGUGGUCGUUUCCAAUGCAUUGAUCCACAUGAAUGCGAAAUGUGGGAGCGUAGUCCAGGCGUGGGAGGAAUUCAAUUUGAUGACUCAUAGGGAUGUGAUCUCCUACAGUGCAUUGAUCACAGCUCUGGCGGAUCAUGGAAGAGCCCAUGAAGCUCUGCAACUUUUUUCAAGGAUGCGGAAAGAAGGGCUAAGACCGAAUGAAGUGACAUUCGUUGGGGUGCUCAAUGCUUGCAGCCACGCAGGAAUGGUAGAGGAAGGGUGCGAGUAUUUCAAGCUGAUGAAGCAAAGUUAUGGGAUAGUUCCAUUGACUGAACACUAUGCUUGCAUGGUUGAUCUUCUUGGACGAGCUGGGAGACUUGAAGAGGCUUACAAGCUUAUAUUGGAUAGUGUGGUUACACCAGAUGCUGGAACCUGGGGUGCUUUGUUAGGGGCUUGUAGAGUCCAUGGAAAUGUUGAGCUGGGUGAGAUUGCUGCUGGGCAUCUAUUUGAAUUGGAGCCUGAGAAUACUGGAAACUAUGUUCUUCUGGCCAACAUUUAUGCGUCAAUGAACAGAUGGGAUGAUGCAGAGAGGGUGAGGAAGAUGAUGAGUGAGAGACGGAUCAGGAAGUCUCCAGGAUGUAGCUGGAUUGGAUAUCAAGAUUCAAGACUAGUUAAGAUGGUGACUGAUGAAUGAUGGAAUCCCAUGUGGGUACAUCAUGCGUGCAUCCAAAGUCCAGACUCGAUAUUAAUAGCCCCACUUUGCCAUGUGGCAAAUAUGGAUCAGGGUUUCAAGAAUCAGGAUACGGAUUAAUCAGAUCCGGAUUUGGCUGAUCCAACUUGUUUGAUUUUUAUAUGGAAAAAACCCCCCAAAAGAGCAAAACACCGAUUUUGUGGCUGAUCCAGACUUGUCACUAAUCCAAGACCGAUUCCGAUUCCAUGU